GCAAGAUAUUUCUUUAAAAGCCAUGUUUGUCUCUGUCAGUCGGGGAUGGUUAUUUCGUUUGCCUGAUCCGUUUUAGAUUUCAUGUUUUUGAGUAACCCGCGGGAAUAUCUGGUAGCAGACAACAUUUAUACUCUCUCCGGACCGGGUGACAUACGGCAACACUUAAGCAUGGGCCCUAGGAGAUCAAAGAGAUUUCAAGAACUCAACAAUUUGCAGCAAGAAAGUGGAGCAACAUGUUUGAGGAAACGACCCAAGAAAAUGACAAGUCAAAACCAGAAAGACAAUAAGGACAAAACAGCUCAAUCAGUUGUCGAUGAAGCUCGUGAAAAUGAAGUCAAAGCCACUGAACUGUCCACAACGUGUCGGAGAAUCCUAAAUGGUCAGACUGAAGUGAAGCUUGAUUUUUCUGUGAGAAAGAAAGAACUAUCAAUCGCGCCCAACUUGAUGUUUCCAUAUCUUCAGCGAAGCCUCAACUUCAUCCACCAUCAGUAUCAGGCGUCCAUCGGUCUUCUCUCACAUCCCCGACUCCAGCAUGCGCAGGGCGUGGCAGGUCCUGUAGUUAGCAUGGUGUCUAACAUGCAGCUCUUCCGCACUGGUAGUCCGUUUGACCGUCGAGUGACCGCCAUGGCGUGGCACCCCAGCAACCCCAACAUUCUGGCAGCUGGUUCCAAAGGCGGAGACAUCUACCUCUGGGACAUCAACAACAUCAACAACAACGACAAUUUUAUCCCUGGCAUAGGACCUGGGGGAUCUAUACAGGCCAUUAAGUUCUGGCCGUGGAACCACAGGCGCAUCAUCACUGCCUCCAUUGAUGGGAGAGUCGUCCUCCAGGACACCGACGGAAGAAAAACAGAUGUGUUGUCUGACACCUUCAAUUGUCAUGACUUCUGGUACUGCUCUGUGGACGUGAGCCAGGCACGGAAGGUGGUGGUUGUCGGGGACAACGUGGGCAACACGCAGCUGUUGUCUCACGAGGGGAAGAAGAUCUGGAACCACAAGCUACACAAGGGCAAGGUCACCCACGCAGAGUUCUCCCCUCGGGAAGACUGGUCGUUGUGUACUGCUUCCAUCGAUCACACCGUCAAGCUGUGGGACGUACGCAUGAUCAAGGACAAGAAGAGCGCCCUCUGUGUUCUGCAACAUGACAAGGGAGUUAACUCUGUGUACUUCAAUCCAUCUGAUGGCUGCCGACUCCUCACCACUGACCAGGGAUCUGAGAUCCGCGUGUAUCGGGCUCCUGAGUGGAGCCUUGAAAGGACAAUACCACACCCACAUCGCUUCUUCCAGCACAUCACACCCAUCAAGGCAUCGUGGCACCCCCUCCUGGACCUGAUCGUGGUGGGCCGCUACCCUGACAAGACAUUCCCCGGCUACACGAGCGGUGAGAGGCGAACAAUCGAUGUGUUCGAUGCAAACACAGGGGCUACAGUGUGUCAGCUGCAUGACCCAUCAGCACCAGGGAUAGUCUCGUUGAACAAAUUCAGCCCAGAUGGAGAUAAGCUAGCUUCAGGCAUGGGUGUGAACAUCCUAGUGUGGUGUUGACUCACUGACUGAAUCCCGACUGUUUCAGGUGUGAACAUCCUAGUGUGGUGUUACUCACUGACUGAAUCCCGACUGUUUCAGGUGUGAACAUCCUAGACUGGUGUUACUCACUGACUGAAUCCUGACUAUUUCAGGUGUGAACCUCUUCCUAGUGUCUCUGUUGACUCACUGACUGAAUCCCGACUAUUUCAGGUGUGAACAUCCUGGUGUGGUGUUGACUCACUGACUGAAUCCUGACUGUUUCAAGUGUGAACAUCCUGGUGUGGUGUUACUCACUGACUGAAUCCCGACUGUUUCAGGUGUGAACAUCCUAGUGUGGUGUUACUCACUGACUGAAUCCCGACUGUUUCAGGUGUGAACAUCCUAGUGUGGUGUUACUCACUGACUGAAUCCCGACUAUUUCAGGUGUGAACAUCCUGGUGUGGUGUUGACUCACUGACUGAAUCCCGACUA